GGAAAUAGCGCACGAAAUGUCCGAAAGAAAACUGCGAAGAAGAUCAGUUAAUGUUACAUUUGCUGGAGAUGACGAGGUUUUGCAACACAUCGUGGAUGCUCAUAAUCAAAAAGUAAAAACAACAUCAAAGAGUAGGAGAAAGAGUUGUCCUGAGAGAGUGAAGGCAAUAGAAGAGGAGGAGGAACAGUAUGGUGAUGCGGAGGAUGAGAAUUUGCCACUUAAAAAAUCAACUGCUUUGGAAGAUGAAAGUCAGUUAUGUGGUGGUGAGGUGUAUGGGUUCAAAACACCGAAGAAGUCCGGUCAGAUGGCUCAACUAGCAUCGGAAUCACGGACACCCAAAUCAAUCUUGAAAACACCAACAGCAAAAGAUGGAACACCACGCAAGUCGGUAAAUUUUCCAUCAGCAAAGAGUGAAGCCAGGACUCCUACUGGUAAAAGAAAUUUGCGUCAGAGAAAACCACAGGCAUCAACACCAUACAGGUUACAUAAAAGGCAUGGGGCAGGUGACUCGGAAUCCAGUGAUAGUGUGGAUUCUUCUAGCAGUGAUAGUGACCAGAGUGAAGACAAACCUUCGCAGUCAUCAACCAGCAAGUCACGCAGCUCAGCAACUGCUGCCAGCACCUCAAACACACCUACUUCAACACCUUCCAAAUCAGUCAGAUCUUCUACCUCAGGAACCCCUUUGAGAAAAUCACGAAGAAAAACGGAAGAAAUUGACAUGAAGAGUAACGUUGAGGAAUAUUUUGACAUCCAUGGUAGUGAUGUAGGACCAACUUCUGAUGCAACCCUGUCUAAGCUGGACAUGCCACGUCUGGAUCAAGAAUCUCUGCAUAACCUUUUACAAAACGUACAGUCAUCACAUCUGAAGGAAUGUAAACAGAUGGUGGAAGAGCUAAAUGACAUGUUCACACAGUGGAUGUAUCAGAUGUGUAAUGGUUUCAACAUUCUACUGUAUGGGUUUGGUUCCAAGAGAAUGUUGAUGGAAGACUUCAGAAGUACGAUUCUAAAAGGAUUCUCACAACUUGUUAUCAAUGGAUAUUUUCCUAGUCUCACUAUUAAACAUAUAUUAAAUUCUAUAACAGAAGAGAUUCUGGAGCACACAGGCAGCUUUAAAAGUCCUUUAGAUCAGUAUGAGUUUAUAAAGAAUAAAUUUGAAAAAUCAGGUGAAGAUUUCUACAUAAUUAUACACAAUAUAGAUGGAGCAAUGCUAAGAAAUGAAAAGUCACAGAACAUAUUAAGUCUGUUGUGCCAAGUGCCAGGAUUACAUAUAAUAGCAUCUGUGGACCAUAUCAACUCCUCUUUAAUUUGGGACCAGACCAAGUGCAGUAGAUUUAGAUGGUUGUGGUAUGAUGCUACAACUUUCACCCCUUACACGGAGGAAACAUCCUACGAGAACUCUAUACUGGUGCAGCAAUCUGGGGCUCUGGCACUCAGUUCACUCACCCAUGUGAUGAAAUCUCUCACUCCUAAUGCUAAGGGAAUCUUCUUACUUCUGGCCAGGUACCAGCUAGAGUAUAAAGAUAGUACAAAUUAUAUUGGCAUGUCACUGCAAGAGUUGUAUCAGAGAUGUAGAGAGUCAUUCCUCGUGAACAGUGAUCUCACAUUACAAGCACAACUGACUGAGUUCAGGGACCAUAAAAUGAUCAGAUCAAAAAAGAGUAUAGAUGGUGUGGAGCACCUACACAUUCCUAUUGAUGAAGGAACAUUGAAAGAAUUUGUUGAUGAGCAUGGAGAAGACUGAAUAGGAAAACAGUUUUGUGUAUAAUAACAAAAUAGUUAAAUUACAAAAUAGUCAAUGUAACAAAACAGUCAAUGGAGCAGGAAAUAAAUUGACCUUUAUAUCAAUUUUGAUGUAACAAAAUAGCUUGUGUAACAUAAUGCUUUAGCUUAACAAAAUAGUCACAUAACAAACGGCCAGUAGAGCAAGACUGACAUUGUUACAAAACAGUUAAUACAGUAAUAGCAUGGUGUUGAAACGUAUAAUGAGACGAUAUCAAAACAGCAAAUGUAAUAUGAAAGUAUGGUGUAAGGAAACAGCCAAGACAGUUAAAUGGAGGCCAGUAAUGACUGUUAAAGGAGUUGGAUACAUCCAUUCAUCAAAUAUAUGAGGUGUAGCAUGAAAUUUAUAAGAACAGAAUUUAUGAUAUAUAAUGGGAUGGCGUUGUCUGUUCUUGUUAACAUAAAGCAAAAAGUGUAUCAUCCAUGGCUUUCAAACUUUACAGGAUGACUAAGUACCACUUGAUGAUCUGUAUUGUUGGUCAAAACGCAAGGUCAUAGGGACCCUACUUAAAAAAAGUCUACAAAGUAUUGUCAUUUGAUUGUUGGCAUUGGUUAAAAUCUUUUAUGUGGGUCUACCUUUUCUCAAAAACUAAAAGCUAUAGUGAUGAAGCUUUAUACAAAUUUUUGUCAUAACUGUGUUAGUAUGAAGGUCAGGAAUUAUAACUCUUUCCUUGCAUAUUGCCUUACUUGAAGCACUUACACACAAGCUUUGGCACCAGCAUUGUUCUUGUUUUGUUUCCAAGCUGUUAAGUUGGACAGUAUGAUUGCUGUAGCUUAGAAACUACAUGAUGACUAAGCACCUCUUGUGGAGGAUAUCUAUUGUUUAUGGAGUAAAUAUGUCAAGGUCAUAAGUCAUAAUGCUUUGAUAUUUUACAAAAUGAUCAAGUACCACUAGAGGAACACUCCUGUUGCUUCAAGGGUUGGUGGCUCAAAACGUCAAGGUCACAGGGGCCUAACUUAAUUUCUGGUAAUUUUUUUUAAAUUUCCGGGCUCUAAGUCAUUAUAUAUUACUACAGCUGAUGACUUUGCACGACUUAAAGGGAAUUCCUAUAGUUUUUUAUGCGCAUCUUUCUGCGCAGCCGACACUUUCUAUGGAAAACUGAACUGAAGUCAACAUUUGUUGAAACAUGUUACAGACAAUCUUAAAUAUGAUGAAUCUUGAAUGAAAUAACAUUUUUGAUAAGUUUUAUCAGUAAUCAAAUGUUGAUACUGGUUUAUGUUGUAUUGACAAGUAUCAUGCCUGACAGGUAUCUUGCUAUUUUUGUGGUUGUGUUUUCACAUCGCAUUUUAGUACAAAGACAGUGUUGUUCAUAUAAUGUAAGAUAAUUGACUUAGUACUGAUAAGACAAUAUCACCUUUCAGAUUAUUUAGUAUUAAAUUAUAGAAAGAAUUAAGAAUUUUUAAAAAAAAUUUUUAACUUUUAGCAGAUGUACAUGUAAUCAAUUUGGCCAGGUUCGCGCCAUUUCCGUCCGAACAGGUGUUGUAUUCUAGCGGCCUUAACAUAAAAUUUAGCCUGGUGACCCAUACAUUUUUAGCCAUUUUUAUGCUCACAAUACAAUUAUCUAUACACAAGAAAAACAGGAAAAAAUUCUAUGAAAGAGUUUUUUCAAACUUUAAAAAAAUAUUCUUCACUAUGGGUAUUUUUCAUUGAAAAAAGUUCACAAAAGUAAAUAUGAAACAAUAUUUUUUUUUUUCAUUUGUGCCCAUUAUUGUAAGGAUAGAGUAUUACAAAUAUGACUGUGAUAUCAAAUAAGUAUAUAAUAAAACCUGUAAAAAGAAAACAACCGUAUUAUGCUGUCUUGAUGUAUAUUUUGGUUGGUAUUUAUAAAAAAGCUGAAAAUUAUGAAAAUGUUGAAAAAUCGCUGGCAGUUUCAGCAACAGUGGGUUUGUUCAAAACAAUUUUUCACAAAAACAAGCCUGGUGACCUAUUGUUUUUAUUUGUUCAUUGUUUUCAACACAAAUUUUCCUAUCAUAUAUGUGAUUUUAAAAAAAUUCUAUGAAAGGAAAAAAACUAUAGGAAUUCUCUUUAAAGAGGUUCUUUUUAGGGCUAUGGUUACAGGGAUACCACGCUCCCCACAUUAUAAACUUUGGUUUAGUUUCUUGAUAUUGUAUCUUAGUAUCUUCAUCACCCUCUCUCUCCCUAUGCAGUUGGCCCUGGCCAUUUCUCUGCUCCUUCACUUGUUUCUCAGAAUCCUAUUUCCCUGCCAUCUAUCACUGCUGUCCUCAUCCCAUCCCCCAAAAUAAUUGCUGGCAGGUCUUGUUUUGAUUGCUCUGUCCAAACAGGCAUAUCAUGUUCCGUUAGGCGGAACUCUUGUUGGCUUAUAUAACUUAGACAGUUAUCUGACAAGGGAUGUAACAUGACAGAUUGAUAAGUAUGUUGUGCUGACUUUUGCAACAACAGCAUUGUAAAGGAGCACUGUAAAGAAUAACACCCAUACCCAGAUGUGUUCAGUAUAUCACACAUACACCCAGAUGUGUUCAGUAUAUCACACAUACACCCAGAUGUGUUCAUUAUAUCACACAUACACCCAGAUGUGUUCAGUAUAUCACACAUACACCCAGAUGGGUUUGGUAUGUCAAGCAUACACCCAGUAUGUUCAGUAUAUCACACAUACACCCAGUUGUGUUUGGCGUUUCAAACAUACACCCAGAUGUGUUCAGUAUAUCACACAUACACCCAGAAGUGUUUGGCAUUUCAAACAUACACCCAGAUAUGUUCUGUAUUUCACACAUAUUCCCAGAUGUGUUUGGCAUUUCAAACAUACACCCAGAUGUGUUCAUAAUAUAAUUUUUCACCCAAAACUAAAAUGUGGUUGACUGUUUACUUGGACUCAUUGUAUUCACUUUGUUCAUACAUUAUAAGAUAUAUACAAUAGAUAUGUAGAUUUUCCUUUUUUAGCUCACCUGUCACAAAGUGACAAGGUGAGCUUUUGUGAUCGCGCGGUGUCCAUCGUCCGUCCGUGCGUCCAUAAACUUUUACUUGUGACCACUCUAGAGGUCACAUUUUUCAUGGGAUCUUUAUGAAAGUUGGUCAGAAUGUUCAUCUUGAUGAUAUCUAGGUCAAGUUCGAAACUGGGUCACGUGCCAUCAAAAACUAGGUCAGUAGGUCUAAAAAUAGAAAAACCUUGUGACCUCUCUAGAGGCCAUAUAUUUCAAAAGAUCUUAAUGAAAAUUGGUCAGAAUGUUCACCUUGAUGAUAUCUAGGUCAAGUUCGAAACUGGGUCACGUGGGGUCAAAAACUAGGUCAGUAGGUCUAAAAAUAGAAAAACCUUGUGACCUAUCUAGAGGCCAUAUUUUUCAUGAGAUCUUCAUGAAUAUUGGUCAGAAUGUUUAUCUUGAUGAUAUCUAGGUCAAGUUCGAAACUGGGUCACGUAGGGUCAAAAACUAGGUCAUUAGGUCUAAAAAUAGAAAUACCUUGUGACCUCUCUAGAGACCAUAUUUCUCAAUGGAUCUUCAUGAAAAUUGGUCAGAAUGUUCAUCUUGAUGAUAUCUAGGUGAAGUUCGAAACUGGGUCACGUGGGGUUAAAAACAAGGUCAGUAGAUCUAAAAAUAGAAAAACCUUGUGACCUCUCUAGAGGCCAUAUUUUUCAUGAGAUCUUCAUGAAUAUUGGUCAGAAUGUUCACCUUGAUGAUAUCUAGGUCAAGUUCGAAACUGGGUCAUGUGGGGUCAAAAACUAGGUCAGUAGAUCUAAAAAUAGAAAAACCUUGUGACCACUCUAGAGGCCAUAUUUCUCAAUGGAUUUUCAUGAAAAUUGGUCAGAAUGUUCACCUUGAAGAUAUCUAGGUCAAGUUCGAAACUGGGUCACGUGCGGUCAAAAACUAGGUCAGUAGGUCUAAAAAUAGGAAAACCUUGUGACCUCUCUAGAGGCGAUAUUUUUCAAUGGAUCUUCAUGAAAAUUGGUCAGAAUGUUUACCUUGAAAAUAUCUAGGUCAAGUUCGAAACUGGGUCACGUGGGUUUAAAAACUAGGUCAGUAGAUCUAAAAAUAGAAAAACCUUGUGACCUCUCUAGAGGCCAUAUUUUUCAUGAGAUCUUCAUAAAUAUUGGUCAGAAUGUUCAUCUUGAUGAUAUCUAAGUCAAAUUCGAAACUGGGUCACGUGGGGUCAAAAACUAGGUCAGUAGGUCUAAAAAUAGAAAAAACCUUGUGACCUCUCUAGAGGCCAUAUUUCUCAAUGGAUCUUCAUGAAAAUUGGUGAGAAUGUUCAGCUUGAUGAUAUCUAGGUCAGGUUCGUAACUGGGUCAUGUGCGGUCAAAAACUUGGUCACUAGGUCGAAAAAUAGAAAAACCUUGUGACCUCUCUAGAGGCGAUAUUUUUCAAUGGAUCUUCAUGAAAAUUGGUCAGAAUGUUUACCUUGAAAAUAUCUAGGUCAAGUUCGAAACUGGGUCACGUGGGGUUAAAAACUAGGUCAGUAGAUCUAAAAAUAGAAAAACCUUGUGACCUCUCUAGAGGCCAUAUUUUUCACGAGAUCUUCAUGAAAAUUGGUGAGAAUGUUCACCUUGAUGAUAUCUAGGUCAAGUUUAAAAGUGGGUCACGUGCCUUCAAAAACUAGGUCAUUAGGUCAAAUAAUAGAAAAACCUUGUGACCUCUCUAGAGGCCAUAUUUUUCAAUGGAUCUUUAUGAAAAUUGGUCAGAAUUUUUUAUCUUGAUGAUAUCUAGGUCACAUGUGCUCAAAAACUAGGUCACUAUGUCAAAUAAUAGAAAUAACGACGUCAUACUAAGUUGAACACUGGGUCAUUUGGGGAUAGGUGAGCGAUUCAGGACCAUCAUGGUCCUCUUGUUAGCUCACCUGAGCACGAAGUGCUCAAAGGUGAGCUUUAGUGAUAGCCCUGUGUCAGUCGUCCAUCGUCAACAAUUUGACUGUUAACACUCUAGAGGUCACAAUUUUGGCCCAAUCUUAAUGAAACUUGGUCAGAAUGUUACCCUCAAUAAAAUCUUGGACGAGUUUGAUAUUGGGUUAUCUGGGGUCAAAAACUAGGUCACCAGGUCAAAUCAAAGGAAA